UUUGGAUACACAAAGGACAGCCUACCGUUCAGGGUAGAUCCCAUCUUGGAACGCUUCAUCAAUAUCCUGAUGAAGGAUGGCAAGAAGCAGCGCGCAUCGCGUCAAGUGCACAAGAUGUUGGAGUUGCUUUCGCAGAUGACGCGCACCAAUCCAGUGGUCGCGCUGAGUCGUGCGAUCCAACAAGCCUCUCCCCUGACGCGCAUGCAGAGUCAAAGGCAAGGCGCAAGGACGCUUCAAGUUCCCAUCGCUUUGAACGAGAGGCAAGGACAGAGAAGGGCUAUCCAGGGCAUCAUCAAUGCUAGCGAAAAGAGAAACGACAGGGAUCUGUCGGCUAGAUUGGCACUCGAGGUCUGCGCCGUGCUCGACGGCACCAGCAACGUGCUGGCCAAGAAGGAGGAGGCUCACAAGAUCGCCACCAUGAACAGGUCCAAUUUG